UUCCCUUCAUUUGAACAUGAUUAGUCAGAUCAGGAAGUGUGAUGCUGUGACAGUAGAGAAGGAAGUGCUCACAAUGGCACCAUGUUUGCUUCUGGGACUGGAAGCAUGAGAGGGCCGCGGGUGAAGACCCCUCUGCUGCUGUUGCUGCUGCUGCUGACGGGCACAGUGUUUUGCCAAGAUGAUGCAAACGCAGACGAAGAAGCAGAUGCAGAUGCAGACGCAGAGCUUGAGCCUGAGCCUGAGUCUGAGCCUGAGCCUGACGAGGAGCCUGGAGACCCAGAACCAGGGGAUGAUGGUGAACAAGAGAUCUCAGAUAAUUCUGAAACCACUAUAACUCCAGAACUCUUCUCACAACUAUACGACGAAAAAUCUUCCACCUUUCCUCUGCUGAUGUUUCCAGUUGAAACUACCUUUGAAGAAGAUCAGGAAGGCUCCGUCCCAAUUGAUGAAACAACAUUCGACUCAAACAUUACAACUUCGACUGACGUAGCACCAGAUGAAUUUCAGAAUCCGCUCAUCAUCCUGAUCCCUGUGGUGCUGGUGGUCCUGAUCAUCGCCAUCAUAGUUUGCUUCAUUUUCAUCAAUCGCAGAUGUAAACAAAAUCAAAAAGAUCAAGAGUUGAGAAAAGAGGAUCCAUAUUUGGACGGGUCCAGUACAGAAAAGGUUCCUAUGCCCAUGUUUGAGGAAGACGUGCCCUCUGUGCUCGAGCUAGAAAUGGAAGAGUUUGACAAUUGGAUGAAAAAGGAUGGUGAUCCUGCCGAAGACUCUAAACAUGUAUGAAUCUAUUUAUGGUGAGCAUCAUUAAAACUUAUUAAAGGUUAGCCCUCAGUUACAGAAGGACAAUGCAGUGAUGCCGGCGUGGAUAUUCUGUCCUUCCUACAAUCAUCCUGCAACAUCUGUGACCACAGGGACUCAUUUGACUGCCAGGAAAUAACAUCACAACACUUCAAGGACACUUUCAUUGCUACAGUAAAAUAAUCAACAACAAGAACUUGUUCUUAAUACAGUGGAAAACAAAUGGACUUAUAUUGACCGUCCGGUCACUUUUGUGCCUUUCAUGUGUUGUUUCUGUCAUGCACUGCAAUACUUUUAUGUAGGUGAUGAUUUUAUCCCAGACAAGUGCAUUCAAUGUGGAUGGAGACAAAAUAUUGCAAAAUUCAAGCAAUUAGAAUAUCAUCAAAUGUGCUGAUAUAUUCCAAGUGCCACAUUUAGAGACCAUAAGGGAUGAGAACGUUUUAUUUUUAUGUUUUAAUAUCAUGCAAGAGCCCAGGUGCAGUUUGAACAGAGGAGUCAGUCUGUGACGGAGGAUGUGUAGGUGAUUUGAUUGAUUUUGAAACUGUCAAAUAGUAAUGGGUAAUAAUCCACACUAAUGCACAGUACCUUGUAGCUACCAAUCAUUCUCUUUUCUGUAUAUUCAUACUGUUAAAAGAGUAUGUGGUAAUCUCAAAGCACACUAACUCCUCACAGAUUUGACUGCUGUCUGCUGCUGAAAGCCUCUUUGUUGUGUUGCACUGCCAGUCCCUCCAGCUGCAGGUUUUAACUGGGAAAUAUCCUGUUGAAAAUGGCAGGCAUGCAUGACAGAGAGGGCCACUCCUUUUCAUGCCUGUGCAGAGCUGGUGAGGAGAAAGUGUGUUUUAUUCAGAGACUAAAAUCUCUCUAAGUAUGAAAUCAGUCGCACUCUAUUUCAGCGUCUUUUGAUAAAUGAUUACCCGUUGCAGAAAAUAACUCUCUAAAAGCUGCUGCUGGCGCUGAUAAGAUUUCCAUCAGUAGAUUAUGCUUUGUGUCUACAGAUGCUGUUCGGAUGUAUUGUUUCCAGUUCUGGCCUAAAAGAGUUGAAUCUAAGCAGUCCUGUCACUGAUCUUAGCAUCACUUUCUAUAUGAAUUCAUCAGUAUUAUGCAGCAUCUUGCAGUGUAAAUAUGAGACUACAAAAUAACAACAGAUAUUGUUUUUAAGGAUUGUAAAUAUUUCAAAUGGGCUGUAGCCUGCUGAUGAAGCUUUGAAUAAAAUUUCAAUUGAUAAAAUC